AGGUCCAAUGAUAAUAUAUACACACAAUUAUUCUCUCACAAUCCAAACGUCAAAAGGCGCCAAAUAUAACAAACACUCAAAACACAACCUAUCACGAUGUUAGAAACCACUGCUGCCGGUGGCGCAAAGUCUUCUCAGGCAGGACGGAGCGUAGCAGCCAAGCCGUGUGACUUUUGCAAGUCCGCACCAGCCGUACUGUUCUGCCGUAAGGACACAGCCUUUUUCUGCACGGCCUGUGACACCAAACUGCACGGCCAGACCAAACACGAGCGUGUGUGGAUGUGUGAGGUGUGUGAACAAGCACCUGCUAGUGUCACGUGCAAGGCAGACGCCGCCGUGAUGUGUGUCACGUGCGAUCGAGAUAUUCACUCCGCCAAUCCGCUUGCUCGCCGCCACGUCAGGAUUCCGGUGGUUCCGUUUUAUAAUUCCGGCGAAUUUGUGAAUUUAACAGAUACAGUUUCCGGUUACAGAUCGAAAGAAGACGAUGAUAAUCGUCAAAUUUCGAGAAAUAUGACGAAUAUUGAUCAUCCUCAAUCUGUAGAUCUGUCAUCUGCUGAUGAUUUUCUGUUCAAUUUCGGUUUCCGAAUCAACGAUUCAGUUAACGAUGCCGUUGUUCCGGUUCAAUCACCGGCAGAACUAGUCUCCGAUCACAGGUCAACCGGAAACCGCUACGAAAUCAAUUUUAACAGAUGUGUGAGCAACAAUACCUGCAACAAACGCAACUCUCAAUCUCAUAAUGUUUCUUCUCCUUCUUCAUCAAUGGAGAAUACGGUGUUAGAUGUAUCAAAGGUGAAGCGGUUUUCUGCGAAGGAUAGGGAGGCUAGGGUUUUGAGGUACAGGGAGAAGAGGAAGAGGAGAAAGUUCGAGAAGAAGAUUAGAUAUGCUUCACGUAAGGCGUAUGCUGAGAUGCGACCGAGGAUUAAAGGCCGGUUUGCGAAACGGACGGAGAUGGCGACGGUUUUCGAUAGGGAUCGGUGGUGGUUCUCGGCGGAGUCUAGUGGUAAUGGCUGUGGUGCCGCCGGGGUGGAAUACGGCGUCGUUCCUUCUUUUUGAAAACGUUUUUGUUAAAAUAGAUUUUUUUAGAUCAAGGGCUUUAGGGGAUGUUAUGUUUGGGUUAGUUAAAUGUGUUUUGGUUAUUAUAUUAAAGCAUAUUUGAGGUAUUAUAAGAAAAUAUGAAGAGUUAGCAUUCACAUUCAAUCCAUUAAAUUAUACAUA